AUGAACAGUCGUUCAUGGCGAGGCAAGCUCGUUCUCAGCGGCAUGGCGAACUCUACAAGCGGUGGACCGCAAGAGCUUCGGGCCACCGUGGCAGAGACCAACGGCGACAGCCGCUUGGAAGCUUGGCCCGCCCAGUUUCUUCUGCACAUCUGUAAACGCACAGCGGUCUUGCAGGCGAUGCAGAUCUGGGUCGAACGCAACAAUCCGCCGCUGUGCGCCUUCAUGCCUGAUCGCCACCCGGACCCGCAACUUCACAAGCUCAACCAGAGCAACUUUCGUUCUUUCUCCCGUCUUCUAUCUGAGAACCAGCUGGUGGCCGUGACCACUUGGCAGUUAGACCCUGCGCUUCCCGAGUCCGGGGUCAUUUUAUAUCCCGCUCCCUCCACUCCCAGCCUCCUCGUCGGCGUUAUCUUUCCGUUUGGGGCUUUCCCAGACUUUAUCACCGGUCGGUCCCCGACCGUAUCACAACAGACGCCGAGUAUCGGCUCAUAUCCAUCAUCCCAACAAUACCCGGGUGCCACGCCCCAGUUCCCUGUGCAUCCCACCGGCUAUCAGCAGCUGUAUCCCCAAUACCCAGUCCAUAUGGACGUUCCCCUAGGCGAGGCUCAGUACGCCUUUAUACCUGCGCAGACGAGCACUCAGCAAUACCCCCAUUCCGCGGACUCCUCGAGCUCGGACUCGUCCUGGCCCUCCACGAGCGACGGCUCGUUGCCCCCAGGCUACCAAUACCCCCAGAACUAA